AUGAUUGUGACGCGAGACGAUGGAGUGAUCGGUUCGCGCGUAGAGACGGAGGCGCGAACGUACGAGCAGCCGCGUGUGCAGGUGCAGCAGGCAGCCCCGAUCACAAUGCAGGCGGCCUCGAGUGCGAUGCAGGCGGCCAAGUUGGAGCAGCCGCCGGGAUACUUUUUCACCGCUCCCGAGAUAAACCGUGUUGGCAUGCGAAUGCCAGAGUUUACGCCUUCGGAUCCGGAGCUCUGGUUUAAUAUCGUUGACCGGAGUUUCCAGGCCGCCGGAAUCACGGUCGAUGCUACAAAAUUCGGCUACGCCCUAACAUCCAUCGGGCCGAAUUACACUGCCGAGGUGCGAGAUAUCAUCAUGAACCCGCCUGCGGAGCACGCGUACGAAACAUUGAAGACGGAGCUGGUCAAGCGUCUGAGCCUGUCACAGGAGCACAAGACCCGGAGGCUCCUGGAACAUGAAGAGAUUGGAGAUCGCAAGCCGUCUCAAUUUUUGAGACACCUCCGCGGCCUCGCUGGAAACGUGGUUGGCGACCCCGUUUUGCGGACGAUCUGGCUUAGCCGAUUGCCGGCUUACAUUCAGCCGCAUCUGGUGACGCGCACGGCGGACACGAUCGAGCAGUUGGCCGAUAUCGCGGAUGCGAUCGUUGAGGCGACCCGGGCACCGGCGUUUCAGGUGGCCGAGGCGUCAAAAUUCGUGCCACCGCAGACGCAAGGCGCGAGCGAUCCCGGGGCCUUGGAAGCCAGGAUGGAGGUGCGACUGGCGCAAAUGCGGCUUGCAAUGCAGCAAGAGAUGGCAGAACAGCUGACGGCCAUACGUAAGUCGAUUGAAUCCAUUGGCGAUAACCGAUAUCGCGACGAUGAUCGACGUCGUUCGCGACCUCGUUCGCGUUCACGUUCACGCCCGCGAGCGCGAUCCGGCAGCCGUGGUCCACCGGCCAGCGGCGUAUGCUGGUAUCAUUGGCAGUUUGGAGCGGAGGCACGGCAGUGCAGACCACCCUGCUCGAUGCAGAUACCGGGAAGCGCAGGAACGGGACGUUAG